CCGGCCCGGCAGCUGCGGGCCCGGCGCCGGGCGGCGGCGCUGACGGGGCGCCGAGAGGAGCUCGGCGGCGUCUGUUGGAGCCGUUCCCUCGGUGGGCCGCCGGCGAGGGCAUGAGCGCGGGCUCCCUCAGCCUCCGGAGCGGCGGGAGCGGCGAGGGGAGGAGGCGCCGCGCGGAGGCCACCGUCCGGGGCAGCGCCGGGGGACAGCGGGGCGGGAGAUGUGCCUGUCCUUAGCGGCCCAGGAAGCAGCAUGCACCCCGGUGCCACCGACAGCAGCGGCGCCGGCCUCACGGGCGCCCCGGGCGAGCGGCGGCCGGAUCCCCGGGAGGACGCGGCGGCCCCGGGGGGCCCUGGCGGCUGGAGCUGGCGGGUGGCGGUGGCCGUGGCCGCCCUCGCCGCCGCGUCCCUCUCCUGCCUGGGGCCCGGCUGCUGGCUGGCGGCGGGAGGAGGCGCGGGGCCGGGCACCGUCCUGCUCAGGCUCAGCCUGUACCUGGGCUGCGCCGCGGCCGCCUUCUUGCUUGGGACCCUGUUCUCCCUGGUCUGCCGGAGCCCGCGAGCCCCGCCGCCCGACUUCGCCGCCGCCUGGAGACGGCUGGCCGCGGCCGCCCGCCGCCGGCCGGAGAGUCCUGUGUAUGGAAACGCACAUGAGUCAGUUCAGUCUAGAAGGGUAGUCAUUUCUCAUAAUAUGGACAAAGCUCUGAAAGAAGUGUUCGACUACAGUUACAGGGACUACGUCCUGUCCUGGUACGGAAGCCUCAGCAGAGACGAGGGACAGCUCUACCACCUGCUCUCUGAGGACUUCUGGGAAGUUGCCAGACAGCUGCGCCACAGGCUGAGCCAUGUGGACAUGGUCAAAGUCGUCUGCAAUGAUGUUGUGAGAGCUUUACUCACUCACUUCUGUGACCUGAAGGCGGCGAAUGCCAGACAUGAAGAACAGCCGAGGCCUUUUGUGUUGCAUACAUGCUUGAGGAACUCAGAUGAUGAAGUAAGGUUUCUACAAACGUGUUCUCGGGUUCUGGUGUUUUGUCUCCUCCCCUCAAAGGAUGUCCAGUCUCUCAGCUUACGCAUAAUGCUCGCAGAAAUUCUCACAGCAAAAGUCUUAAAGCCAGUAGUGGAGUUACUUAGUAAUCCAGAUUACAUUAACCAGAUGUUGCUUGCCCAGUUGGAGCACAGAGAACAGAUGAAUGAGCAUCACAAGAGAGCCUACACCUAUGCUCCUUCCUAUGAAGAGUUCAUCAAGCUUAUUAACAGCAACUCUGAUGUUGAGUUCCUGAAGCAACUGAGGUAUCAAAUUGUAGUGGAAAUAAUCCAAGCAACUACAAUUAGCAGCUUCCCCCAGCUGAAGAGGCACAAGGGUAAAGAAACUGCUGCCAUGAAGGCUGAUCUCCUGAGGGCCAGGAACAUGAAAAGGUACAUUAACCAGCUGACUGUGGCAAAGAAACAGUGUGAGAAGAGGAUCAGAAUCCUGGGAGGCCCUGCCUACGACCAGCAAGAUGAUGGGGCCUUAGAUGAGGGAGAAGGGCCUCAAAGCCAGAAGAUUCUUCAAUUCAAAGAUAUCUUGGCCAACACUGUCUACCGAAAGCAGUUUCGAAUGUACAUGGAAAGGAUGGACAAGAGAGCUCUGAUUAGCUUUUGGGAGUCUGUGGAAUAUUUAAAGAAUGCUAACAAGAAUGAAAUUCCACAAUUAGUUGGUGAAAUUUACCAGAAUUUCUUCGUGGAGAGCAAAGAAAUAUCUGUGGAAAAAUCACUUUACAAAGAAAUCCAGCAAUGUCUUGUAGGAAAUAAAGGAAUCGAAGUGUUCUGCAAAGUCCAAGGAGAUGUUUAUGAGACCCUGAAGGAUAGGUAUUACCCUUCAUUUAUUGUCAGUGAGCUAUAUGAGAAAUUGAUGAUAAAAGAAGAGGAAAAACAUGUCUCGCAGGUGAUUUCCAAUAAGGAUGAAAUGGACCCGGGAGGUGAGGCUGGUGAGGAAGCUGUGGAUGAAGGCACCAGUCGGAUUAAUGAGCAAGCAAGUUUUGCUGUAAACAAACUACGAGAAUUAAAUGAGAAACUUGACUAUAAGAGGCAAGCUCUAAAUUCUAUUCAAAAUGCACCAAAACCUGACAAGAAGAUUGUUUCUAAGUUGAAGGAGGAAAUAAUUCUAAUAGAGAAAGAACGUACAGACCUGCAGCUGCACAUGGCAAGGACAGAUUGGUGGUGUGAGAACCUUGGCAUGUGGAAAGCCUCCAUCACUAGUGGAGAGGUUACAGAAGAGAAUGGUGAACAAAUGCCCUGUUACUUCGUCAUGGUAAGCUUACAAGAAGUUGGAGGAGUUGAAACUAAGAACUGGACAGUCCCCAGAAGGCUCAGUGAGUUUCAGAAUUUACACCGGAAACUUAGUGAGUGUUUCCCUUCUUUAAAAAAAGUCCAGUUGCCUUCUCUUAGCAAGCUGCCUUUCAAAUCUGUAGAUCAAAAGUUUAUGGAAAAGUCAAAGAAUCAAUUAAAUAAGUUUUUACAGGUCUUGCCAGAUCCUCAAAAUAUCUUUGCUUUUGGGUUCUGGGUUUUUGUGGGGGCUUUUUGGUGAUAUAUAUAUAUGUGUAUGUGUGUAUAUAUAUAUGUAUACUCCACAUACAGAAAAUGCAGAGACCAUGUGUGCGGCUUUCUCCAGUUUCACAAACUGGACACACAUCUGGGACUGGCACCCAGUCCCAGACACAGAGUUUCACCUGUCCCUUCAGCGUCACCACAGGUAACCAUGGUCCCAACUCCCGACCACACAGUUAUAGCUGGUUUUGAACUUCACAUCAGUGGAGUUGUAGGGUGUGGACCCCCUUCUGUCCGACUCCCUUCACUGAGGAUCGUGGGCCUGAGGCCCUCCCAUUGUGCUGUUUCAGUUGCAGACCAUUCUUUGAUUUCAAUUCCUUGUGUUUUUCAUUUUCAUGUUCUUGUUUUCAUUGCUGAGUGGGCUUCUCCUGUGCGAACCCCCUACAGUCUGUUCAUGCGCUUGCUGAUGGAUGUUCGGAGAAUUUCCAGGGGUAGGCUGUGAUGGAGAGGGUGGCUGUAGGCUGCCAGUGCUUGUCUUUUGGUGAAUAGCUGCUGGGGAAUCCCUAGGGAUUUGGGUCUUCCGGUUUUUCAGCGUGGUCAUAGUGGUUUUUACACUCUUAGCGGCGGCGUGUAGGGGUUCUGAUCGCUCCACACUGGGUGGUUUCUUUCAUGAAGUUAAAGUUGUGUCUGCUCCUCUUUCAUGUCGCCUGUCUUUUCUGUAUCACUUUGCAGGGGUUCUGUGUGUGUGUUGGGUGUGAAUCCCUGUCAGAGCAUACGUGUUGCAGAUAUCUUUUCUAUUUCUGUGGGUUGCCUUUUCAGUCUCUUAAUGAGUUCUUUUACUGAGCAUAAGUUCUCAAUUUUAAUUUAGUCCAGUUUAUCCAUUUUUUUUCCCUUUUGUGGUUAAUGCCUUUUGUGCUUGUGAAGAAAUCUUCGCUUACUGCAAGGUCCUAAAGAUAGUCUCCUAAUUUCCUGUAAACACUUAAUUGUUUUCCUUCAGUUUGUUUUCAGAGAAUUAGACUGGACAAAGGUAUGCUAUUUAUUUUUUCCUUAGCUGAGGCCUCUGUAAUCAGAGUAUAGUUAGGUUGCUCACACCAUGGACCCCAAAACCCUUAUAGUUAUCAGGGGGCAUGGACCUUUGCCUCGUAAAACACUUUUUGCCAGUGCAGUAGUAGCUAGAAUCCCUGAGACAAUAAUGGAUGUUGCCAGAUUCUUCGUAAAGGCUGUAUAUUAUAUUCAACAGGAGUAUGGAUCAUAAAGGAGAUACAUUUCAGCUGGAGUUCCCUUGCAAGUGUUACCAGUUUCUCUUUUUCUCGCAUAUAUUUCUCUCUCUCUAAAUACAUAUGUAUAUAUUUUUAUAAAUAUGUAAAUGUGUACACACACACACACACACACACACACACACACACACACAUAUUUCCCUCAGGAAAUAAAAUAAUUGCAGCUUUGAAAAAUUUCCCAAGUUUAAUUAUGGCAGAACUGAGAUAGAGAAUCAUUAAUGUUUAAAUGCUUACAGGAAAGAAUUUAAAACUGAAAUAUUACCACUUGUUGCUGAUUCAGAAUGUCUAGGAAGUAUUAAACCCACUCAAGCAUUGUACUUGAUUAAAUCGUUCAGAUGAAUUAAAGGUCUUGUUUGUGAAACAAGUUAUAUAUUAUUCAAAAUCCAAGCUUGUGAAGCCCCAUGUGUGUAGCUCUGGGAUCCUCCAGCAGACACUUCCGUUUCCUUCCAGACUCUUGUUGGGGAGGAGAGGGUCUCGGGUUGUUUGGUGCUCCCAGCCCUUCAGACGCCUUUUCCGUUGUGCUGCAGAGACUGGGGCAUCCCUCACUUUGGGGAGGGGUUACUGGUGUCCCUGCUGGAUUGCUGGUGAUGGAAAUGGGUUAUUGAUUCUUGCUCUGGUGCCUAGAGAAGCAUGUGCUCUGUGCUGCCAGUAGGUGGCGCGGGUGAGUCUGAGGGCGGGGACCAUCUGCCCGGAUAGGUGAAACAGGCACCUCGAGGGGCCGUUUGUCUUUUAAUCAAGAGGAUUUUAAGUCAGGAAGUAAUGGUUUAACUUGUUUUUCAUUUCCUCAAAGACUUUAUUUGAAAGUGCUCACUAAUGUAUUUAGGUAGGUUACACAGCAGACUGAAGUUUCAAAAUAUCAUCCUGCCAACUGCAAACAGGAAAAGCAAGAUGCAAAAUGUUUAGUCUGAAAGGCAGAUAUUAUUAGGUCCACAGGACCUUCCAGAAAAGAGGAGAGCAUCGAGUGUAGGUUUAUGUGAAUAUUUAUAUACGACACAUGGUUCCCUAUUGAGGCACACUCAUAAUAGAUAUCUAAUAAUCUAGCUAAUCAUUCCACAUACACACACACACAGAGACACGACUUGCUCCAGCCAUUACCCCAGUAGCACUGUGCCCACUUCUGGGUGUGCAUGCACUGUUUGCUCUUCCUGGAAUGUUUUACACUUUUCAUCUUCCACUGAAUAGUCCUCUUAGAAUCUCCACCAGUAUAGAACAACAUGCUCUAAGCCCUUGGCAGGAAGGAGCUGGGAUCAGGAUUCUGUUCUCGGCUUAAAAAUGUGAUAAAAUCCCAAUUACACCUUGCCCCAUAGACAUAAUCUUUGAGAACAUUUCUAACUUUUCAUACAUAUUCAGUUUGGUUAUUUUCCUUCAUAAUAGAAUAUAACUUAGUCCAAAGACUUGUCAUCCUUGAUGGUUUCCUUAUUUAUGUUGAUUGUAUUAUUUGAGACUUACCAUUAGUUAUCAUCUGCUACCAUUUUGUAAAAGAGUGUUGGAGUGUAGACUAGCUAAAGGAAAUCAAGGUGGAAGGAGACGAUCUCACUCCUCCUAAUCCGCCCUCACAUACAACUGAGCAUUUAAUGCUCUAUAAAAGGAGUAAAGGCUCAGGGGCCCAGGAAGGCAGUAGUGACCCUUACUGCCCAUCCCCUAAAUCUCCUUCCCCAUGUCUGAGGCAGAACCUCCAUCUUCAGGCCAGUCUUCUGCAGGACACAGGAAGCUGACCACCACUGGAAUGUGGGGGGUGCCCCGGCCCCCGGCCCCAGUGUGGCACUAUUGGACACGCUUGGAGGUACUUUCUAGGGAGGGUCAUAGGGUUUAUCAGAUUUCGGCCUUCAUCUGAACAAAUAUAAUGUGAACAUCAUGGACCAACUCCUCUGGAACCAGAAUGUAACCUCUUCUCCCAACCAGUUUCUGCCAUCAGAACCCCAGUGUCCCAUCCCCGCAGGGGGUUACGUCAUCCGUGGGGCAGGAUUUCUCAUUGGUUCCUUUACUCCUAAGAACAUGUAAAUGUCUGUGAACACUGACAUUUACAUGUUCUCAUGGUCACAUUGUUAAUUUUCCUGUCUCACCGUAGCACUUGCUUUGUACAUGAACUCAAUGCACGUUCUCCUUUCCUUUCUCCUGAGGCCAGAUAAGUACAUAAAGAACUUGAGGAAAUUUCCAGUUUAUGGGCCAAUAAAAACAGUUACAUAAUUAUGUAAACAUGUGCUGCCUGUGGAAGGGGGCAGCACAGGGACAGAAAACUGCUGCCUGGCAGGCAGUUACCACCACGUGACAACCCAAAGCUCUUUUUUCAGCUGAUGUACAAAGUCCGCACGUAGCCAUGAAAGGGUGGUUGCGUGGGAUCCUUGUGUAAUGUGUGAAUGUGUACGUGGUUCAAACAUAGGUGAGUGAAAGUUGACUUUCAAAGGUGGCGGCCCUUGGAUCUGCAAGCGGUUUGCAAAGUGAGACUUUUAUGUUGCCCUGAGCAGUGAGUUCUCCUGUCUGCCCAUGUCUGCCACAGCAGAAUGAUCAGGGCACUGCGGCCAACCUACAGAGGGUGGUUUGCCAUCAAGCUCAGUGAGAAUUGAUCUAAUAUAUUUUAUUUCAGGAGAAAGGGGAGUGGUUUUAGGUUGAGAAUUACGAUGAAAGUCGAUUUCCUGAGACAGUCAGCUCUGCCUUUACUUCUGCUGGCUCCCAGCAUGUAGAGGUAUUGCUGCCACGUAGGAGGAAUUAAUCCUCUCUC